AUGCUUCUCAAAUCAGUUGUACUGGUUUCUGCCUUGGCAGUUCUUGCCCAUACAGUUCCUGCAUCUAUUAAAAAACUUCCAUUUGUGGACUCAUCUCUUCCAGUAAAAUUUAGACAAGUUAUCGCUGAAGUUGCUCCACGAGUCCCUUCCAACUUGGCAUCAUAUGCCUUUGGAGUUGAUUUGUCAGUUCCUGCUUCACUGGCUCAACUUCAAUGCAUUCGACAAUCUGGAUACGCAGCAGUUUUUGUUCGUGCAUACAAUCCAGCUGGACAAGGAUCAUUCGAUUCCAACUCCUGUAAUACCAUUCAACAAGCCUACACUGCUGGCCUUGGAACUGAGAUUUACAUGACUCCUCAACCAUCAUCCGGAAAACAAGGAUAUCAACAAUUGGAUGAAGUUUAUCAAGGAUUGAAUCUCGCUGGAAUUACAAUCAGAUCCAUCUGGAUCCAGGUCACUUCUCCAACUAACUGGCCAAGUAACCCAACCACCAAUGUCAAUUUCAUCAACAGCAUCGUCUCUAGAGCCAGACAAUACGGAAUGACGGUUGGAAUCUAUACUUCCUAUUACGACUGGAAUCAGAUUACUAACGGAUGGAGCAGCAUUGGAAAUGAUGUUCUUCUCUGGUAUUGGAAUGUUCUCGGAGGAGGAGUUAACGGAGAAACUCCAGCUAAUUUUGCUGAUUUCCGUGCAUUCGGAUGUUGGACUACUCCAUCUGUCAAACAAUUCGCUCAAGUUGAACAAGUAUGUCAACUCACUGUAAACAGAGAUGUAUAUGCUGCCGGAACAAUGCUCAAGGCUGCUGAUAAUGUUGUAGAAGACGGAAAGAUUUAUGCUGGAGGAUUCAUUCAAACGAAUUGA